GUUGUUCCCUGAAGGUGACGGCGGCAUGGCGCUAGUGAUAGACGGGAAAUGCGGCGAGGCGGUGGAAGAUGUGCGAAAAGAUGCGACGCAAACAAACUGGGCCGCUUUCAAGUACGAAGGGAAGAGCAAGAUAGUUUUGGGAGGCAAGGGCAGCGGAGGGUUUGCUGAAUUUCGAGACUCGCUGCCAGACGAUCAAUGCACAUGGGCGUUUCUACGCAUGAUCGCUGGAGACCAGGAGAGCAAGCGAGCGAAGUUCGUAAUGGUCCAGUACAACGGCCCGAACCUUAACGGAAUGGCGAAGUCCCGAGCGGGCGCGCACAAACCCGAUGUCGAGAGAGUGAUUGGACAGCAUCACGUGUUCUACUUCGCCGAUGACCCCGAGGACAUGACGGAGGAGCUGGUGAUGGACAAGAUUAAGAAGAGCAGCGGUGCCAACUACGAUCUGGGCAGCAACGCCAAGGGCUACCAGUCGCAAGCAGGAGACAUCAAGGCGAGCGCUAAGUCAGCCUACCUGACCAAGGAGAAGGAGACCAACAUUACCAAGCCUGUUAUCUUCUGUG